GUUUGAGCCAAUCGCGUUAAUGCAGAAUCCUGUGUAGUCCGAGUGCCUGGAUGUAUCGAGCAGCAACUCACCGCAACAAAGAAAGCGACUCCGCCGACACAUAAGUAGCAUCGUUGCAAAAAGGUUGUCAUCAUCAUCGUCAUCAUCGGAUAAAGAGAGACGUGUCGGUUGGUCCUAACUCUCGGAUAAAUCCUCAAAAAGAAAAGUGUCGUUUGGAGACGAGUUCGACUGAAGUGGAACUGAAUCUGUCGCGGGGCUGAAAGUGCGUUCAGAGCCGACGUCGUGACGUCGCUGCCUUGGAAACACUCUUUAGAGUUGGAGCGCAACUGUGUUGGGGAGGUGAGGAAGAAGUGAUAGCCUCGGGACAGAUAAGCUCCAGGGAAGUGAAAGAGGGAGGGAACCAGAGAGGGAGCAAGGAGGGAGAGGUGGGUAGCUCUCUCAUUCUCUUGUCGUCAGACUUGCCGGCUGCUGGUCUCCUCGUCUCCUGUCCUCUCGGGUUCUCUCCUCGCCGGGUGGCUGACUGGAGGAGUUUGGCUGUUGUUUGGAUGGAUUUGAACAUGAACUGAACGGCUACACGCAGCGAGACAUGAGGAGAGUCACCGGAGAUUCACAGAGUUCCAGCAGCUUUGUCUUUCUGAAGACAUUUGUCGCAUAAAAAACCAGAUUGCACACAUCUUUCAUUCAUCAACUCCUCGUCCUUCAUCUCGUCCUUCAACUCUCCAGUUAGGAACUCUCCCUGUAGCUCCACCGCAUUGAUGAGGUAACGUCGAGCUCUACGCAGCGCAGCACCCACCUGCACAAACACCACCCUCUCCCCUCCAUCCCCUCCUUCUGUCAACCUUUCCAUCGCAGUCAUGGGGCAGAAGAUCUCUGGUGGCAUCAAAUCGGUAGAUAGUCGCGGGGAAAGCGGUGGCUCCCCAUCCUACAGACCUUCGGCUCAACACCGGCAGCACCCAGAACUGAGGGGCCCUGAUUUCGCCAAACCUCCCAGGUUGGAUCUCCUACUGGACAUGCCGUGUGCUGGACUGGAGACCCAGCUCCGUCACGCGUGGAACUCCGACGAUCGUUCGCUCAACAUCUUCAUAAAAGACGAUGAUAAACUGACGUUUCACCGCCACCCGGUUGCUCAGAGCACAGACUGCAUCCGGGGGCGGGUCGGAUACACGAGGGGGCUCCACGUGUGGAGGAUCCACUGGCCCUCCAGGCAGCGUGGCACACACGCCGUCGUCGGGGUGGCGACCUCAGAAGCUGCUUUACAUUCUGUUGGCUACACGGCGCUGGUGGGGUCAGACUGUGAAUCCUGGGGCUGGGAUCUGGGACGCAACAGGCUCUACCACGACAGUAAGAACAGGGCUCACAGCUCGCUGCCCUCUUACCCUUGUUUCCUGGAGCCGGAGGAGUCAUUCACCCUGCCGGACUCUCUGCUCGUGAUCCUGGACAUGGACGAAGGGACGCUGAGCUUCAUGGUGGAUGGACAGUAUCUAGGAGUUGCAUUUAGAGGACUGAAAGGCAAGAAGUUGUAUCCCGUCGUCAGCGCUGUGUGGGGACAUUGUGAGAUAGCCAUGAAGUACAUCAACGGCUUGGAUCCCGAGCCUCUUCCUUUGAUGGAUCUCUGUCGGCGUGCGGCCCGCAUGGCUUUGGGUCGGGAGCGGCUUCAGGAGAUCGAGAGCCUCCCUCUGCCCCAGUCCCUGAAAGAUUACCUCCAAUACCAAUGACUGACACCAGCAGAGCCAACUGGGAGUAAAGGACACAAACCAGACCGCCAGAAAGUCUGGAGAUGGAUGAAUACAAUUAAUUAAUUAAUUAAAGGAGGCAAAGGGAGGAUUAUGGAUUGAAGCAUGUCCACACUGAGAGUGCCAUAGCUCUACAAAAAGAUGGAUUUAUAAAAAGGAUUGAGAGUAAGAUGAAUGAAGAACUGACAGAGAAGGUCCAGGUUUUCAAACAAAGACAGCACCGGCUUAUUUUGGAUUUUGAGCUGCUUUAUUAUUUGUUUUUGACUUGAAAUAUAUUAUUGAUGAUGGUAUCCCAUCAGUGUCUCACUCAUCCAGAAAGAAAACCCAUUCGAUGUGGUUAAGAGGUGACAGUGGUCCAAUGGCCACUGCCCCCUAGUGAUGAGAAUGAACAUUGCGCUGAGAAAUCACACUAAUCCUUUCCCUGGAGGCCUUUCUGACAUACAGUCAGUGACCAUAUUAUUGCUGUUGGGCACCAUAACCUGUAUUCAUGGUCUCCACUGGCACAGGUGGCAGGCUGCGAAGCCCAGAUUAAUGAAAGAGGAUAAUGUUGUUUUUAUCUGAUUGACUCUGGGCCCGACCAAAAGCUCACAUCUCAUACAGAGUAGAUCAAAAGCAUGGCUGCAAGGUGUGUGCAAGUUUGGUAAAAAAUAAAUAAGGACGGGGAACUUAUCUCCUGGCUUUAUGCAAACAUUUGAUGAGUUAAGCCCUUUUCAGACAUGGAAUAAGUGACGUCUGUCAGUUAAAAUGAUGGUUAUUCAGAGAUGGUUAUGUAAAAGUUUGUUAUGGAUAUAUUCACAAUGCUCGUCCAGUAUUUAGUACCCGCUACAAUGAGAAGGCGUGGUGGAUUGAAAAAUAAGGAUUUGAAGGAUGAUGAUGGUCAGUGAUGGGUUUUAAAAAUGUGUACCACCAACUCGUUAAUUUCAUAAUUUAUUAGUUUAUUUUAUAACAUUUAUUUUAUUUUGCUGCCUUUUAUACUAGAAUGGUCAACUACAAAAUGACAAGACAUUACAUUUGAUUCCUCUUUUCCUUAUUUGCUGUAUGUAAAGCUACUUUUACAUACAGAAUAUGUAUCAUCUCAUUCAUGCAGUUAGCCUAAAUAUAACUUGAAAGUAAAGAGGGUCUGAUUAUUUUUAAUGUUCGUUUCGUUUAGUUUUCACCUGUUUUUGCGCCUCGCUACAUGCCGAAAUUAAAACUCUUUUUUAUGAUCGGACAUCUAGAUAUUUGAUCAGAUUUGAUUGACAAUACCACAAACAAUUUUAAUUUAAAUAUUGCUGAAUUGCUGAUUGAUGGAUGAAAAUAUGUGCAUCGCCUUUUUCUAAAGGAGCUCAGCCGAGCUGACAGAAGAGGAAAUACACAAAUCUCAAAUAUGAAAUAGCCAAAACCUUUCUAACUUCCAACUGAAAGUAAUGUUCUGGUAGAACCCCAUCAAUCGUAGUCGAAGCUGAGUGAGGAAACACUUUUUAGGAGCCUUUAAUUUGGGAACAAGCAUUUAAUCCUUUUUAUGUGCAUACUUCGUGCUGCUGUGGCCUUUAUGUAAAUGUGGAUAUAUCCAAUUAAAACUUGCACGGUGUAGGAAGUCUUAUCAAAAUAUUAGUAAGUCCAACUUAUUAGGAGCCAUGUGUCUGAAAGGGGCUUUAAUACAGCAUUAAACAGGAGAGAACUGCUUGGUGUUUAAAGUGUGAAGGGGCACUGAGAGACAUUACUCGCAGGACACAAGAUCAUGUAUUAAGAUGUCAAUCACAACCAAAGUAUUUCAUACUAAGCCUUGGAGUGUGUGAAUGCGUCUGUAGGAGCUGUAGGUCGUGGCCCAUCGCAGAGUAACCUGUUGGCGGUAAGAAGAGCCUCACCUGCUGUAGCCUGCUGUAGCUCACUGGUACCAAGCAGCAUCUGUCUGCUGUCCACACACCUGUCUUAAUGACCACAAACAAAUACACAAACAGGACCAGAGCAGAUCCAGGCUCACUGGGUCUUUAAGAAAGGCUGGAGUAGGAUGUAGGAACAUUACUGCUACUGCAGUGCAGAGCAGUUUCUGGCUCAGAAUAGGAUGCAGUUGACCAAUACACACACACGCACACAAACACACACACACACACACACACACACACACACACACACACACUGUAGACCAAUCAUGUUUUCUUUCCUAAAAAAGGCUUGAGUCACUUUUUUUUAACGUCUUGUAUUCUACAUUAUUAUUAUUAUUAUUAAUAUUAUUGUGAGUGUGGAGUUUGAUUCUGAUGAUGGCAGGAUAAUGAUGAUUAUUAUUUAUCAUAAGAUAUCUAUGUUUGUCUGAUGAUUGAUGGUUACAUUCAGGUACAUUUAAUACAAAUAUGCUGGUGAUGAAGGGAGAGAGAAAUCAAAAGUUGUUUCUUUAAUGCUGCUUUUAUUAUUAUUGUUAAUAUUAUUAUUACUAUUAUUUGUGAUGAUGGUGCUCUGAACUCUUGUUUUUAUCAGUUAGGAUGGGGAGAAAAGGACCAUUCAGAAAAGUAGUGGAAUGUAUGGACAGACUGUAUGGACAGACGGUGCAGUUGAGAUGUCAACAGAUAUGAAAUGUGAAUAAAAGCCAAGUGAAUUUGAAAAAUGC